AUGCUUGAUCACCUUCAAACGCUCUGGGGUGCAUUUGUGGAUGAGGAUAGUCCUGUGAGAAAUGGCCUGCACACUUCAUUGAAUAUUACAAAAUUGGGAAUGAAAUGUAAGAUAUCUGCGCCCUCUCAAAAUGCAGCAAUGUCCUUACAACUGGAUAAUGUGGCCAACUGGGUUGUAAAACUAAAACAACUUCAAUGCUUAAGGUUGAAAUCAUUUGAUGAAUCAGGCCAGCCAUGGGAUCUGCAGUUGCAGUCUUUGAUAGAGCAUGUGAAACUUUCCAAUAUAUAUUUGGUUGGAAAGCUAAAGAAUCAGCACCUUGUAUCUGAGUUACCAAAGAGCCUGAUUGAACUCACCUUGUCAGCAUCCGGAUUAGUAGAGGAUCCAAUGCAAGCAUUGUACAAGCUACCCAACCUCAAAAUCAUUAGACUCUUGUCCAAAUCCUUCAUUGGAAAGAAAAUGCUCUGCAGUUUUGGAGGAUUUCCAAAGCUUGAAAUCCUAAAGCUCUGGGAGCUCGAGCUGCUGGAGGAGUGGAAUGUGGAGGAAGGAGCACUGCCUAGCCUGAAAGACUUGGAAAUCAGAUCCUGUAGAAAUUUAAAGAUGCUUCCUCAUGGACUUCAGCAUGUUGGGACUCUUCGUGAAUUAAAAUUAACAAAAUUGCCAAUGGUAUCAUCAAGGAUUAAGGAUAAUCUUGGUGGGGAAUGUGAUAAGAUUGCUCAUAUACGCCAUGUGUGGAAGGAGGAUUGAUAAUCCUUAGCAGAAGUCCAACCAAGAAUGGGAUAUGUUCUCAAGGUCAUGAUUCAGAGGAAAUCAAGUGAAAUGAUGGCUCAUUUUCCAAUAUUAUUUUGUGUUUUUUUUUCUUUUUUCUUUUUCUUUAUUCAGUUUUCAGAUCUGUGUAAUUUAAGUGUAAUGUAAUUUUUCCUGUAUGCUUUCCAAGUGGUUAAAGGUUCAAUUUCACCCUUAUACUUAUUGGUAAAGUUUAAUUUAGCCUUUGUUUUUUUCUUAUUAGUUCAAAAGUUUCAAUUUUAAGCUUAAUUUAGUUGAA